CACAAAAUCAACAAAUUUUAUAUAUGUAUAAUCACACAAAAGAAAUUAUUAUCAGUAAUUUUACUUUUUAUUUUAAAACAUGUCUGUUUUCGACGGAGAAAUUGAGUUCAAGUCUGUGUACAUGGAGGAUUUUGUUAAAAAAGAUAAACCUAUGAGUCCUCGCCGCAAAGCAAUAGAUGACGACUGUCUCAUCGUUGGACUGAAUCGCGACUUCUUGAAACCAAGGGAACAGCCACGCAAGAGUCCCGACGUCCUGUGUCCAGUAGAUUUUGAAUAUUAUAAGAAGGCUGUUGAGAGAUUCCAGGAAGAUCACCCGAAAGUGACGAAGAUGUACAUGUCAAAAGAUAUUGAUCCGGUACCAGUAGAACAUGAGAUUCAAGACCUGAAACGAACCGAGUACCUCACCAAGUACUGUUCUAGAGAGCUACCCUUUAUGUCAGUAAAUCUGGCGCGACGAGCUCGCGCCCUUCAAACUCUGCGUUUGCCUGAUGACAUCUACAUUCCUGACACCAGCCAAAAGGGCUCGUACAGACAUCCAAAACCGGAGAAAUACAAGGACCCACCCUCUUCCAUGUCCAUGAAACCUAAAUUUGAUCCUUCUUUACAAAAGGAGCUCCGUCGUAUCCUUAGGGUCCGGACUGGUGAUACCAGUUACGGAGUAAGCCACGGACUCCUGGCUAAAGUGGUACUUGAAAGAAGUCCAUUUGGUAAACCUCGAGAAGAACCAAAAUAUGGUCGUUGGCGGAAUCCAUACAUUUAUUGCUAUAGAAUUUAAUUUUUUUAAUGAUAUUUGCCUGACAAGUAUUUAGUAAAAAUUGUUUUUUACUUAUAUAACUUAAAAUUUGAUUUCUAAGUAUUUCAUACCG